CGGAAAAAUUGAAACACGAAUUCGAUUUCGUACACGAAAUUCCUCGCACAAUGUCUGAACACAGUUAUUGCUAGUGGGAUAAUUUAGCAAUGCAAAUCCGCCGAGCCAAAACUCUUUUACCGUACCAGGAUGGCGCUGCCAAAACUAGUGGGAUCUGCUGGUCUGCAAAUGGCCAAAAAUUAGCCGUGGCAACUGCAGAGAGAGUCAUUGUCCUGUUUGAUGCAAACGGAGAAAAACGAGACAAAUUUUCCACCAAACCUUCUGACUCAAAGUAUGGCAAGAAAAGUUAUAACAUCAAAGGAAUUGCAUUCUCACCUGAUUCAACUAAAAUUGCCAUAGGUCAAACAGAUAACAUAGUUUUUGUCUACAAAAUUGGUGACGAUUGGGGAGACAAGAAAGUCAUUUGCAACAAAUUUUCGCAAACGAGUUCGGUGACCUGUUUGAUUUGGCCUAGUCAAGGGCCGAUUGUUUUAGGCUUGACCGAUGGAAAGGUACGUGCUGCGCACGUCAAAACAAACAAAUCACAAACGCUCUACGCAACAGAGUCAUUUGUUGAAAUUCUGGCCUCCAACCAAUCUGGAACCGGUUUCAUUUCGGGACACGCUGAUGGAACGAUUGUACGAUUUUACGUGGCUGAAGAUGGUACCGCUCUUCCUCAAGGAAAAGUGGUAAUACAUGGCGUUGCUCCCACUACUCUUGUAUGGGCUGGCACAUUAAUUUUAGCGUCAGGGUCAGACCAAAAGCUGGUUUGUUAUUCGGCUGAAGGACGACCCAUUCAACAGUUUGAUUACAGUCGCGCCAAAGACGAACAUGAGAUAACCGUGGCCGUAUCGAGUGGUUGUGGCCAAAUGGUCGCUCUGGGCAGCUUUGACAAGAUUCGCAUUCUUUCAUUUAAUUCGAGGAAGAGGCAAUGGGAAGAGAGUGCAAUUAAGGAGAUUACAAACAUGUACACAAUUACCUGUUUGGCUUGGCGUUCAGAUUCGCUCUAUUUGGUUUCAUCAUCUCUUUGUGGCGGAGUUGAACUUUUGGAAACGGUUGCCAAAAGAACACUUUGGAAUGGCCGAGUUGAAAUUAUUUACAUUUCAUCUAGUCAAGUAGUAAUAAAAUCCGUACCAAUUGAAGGCGUUGCCUUUUUCCAUCCGGUAGUUAUCCGCACACAACCGGGCUUGGAAAUCGAAACGGUGAGAAUCAUGGGCAGGGAAAACUAUGCUGUUGCUCGCACUGAUAAGACGCUCAUCCUUGCCGAUUUGAAACGAAGAUUGGUCAGUGAAGUGCCAUGGAAAGAACCAGAAAUUAUUCAAGAUGGCAAUAAAACGAAAUUCCAUUUUGACACACCGCACGCGUGCAUGGUGUUUUCACGAGGUGAAUUGACCCUCAUCGAGUACGGUGUCAAUGCCAUCUUGGAACGUUUAAGGAUGGAAUUCAUGAAUCCGCAUUUGAUCAGCGUACGGAUCAACGAGCGACGUCAUAAACACGGAGAAAACAUUAAACGACUGGCAUAUCUAUUAGACUUGAAGACUAUUGGCAUCAACGACCUUGUUACUGGCCAUUCUUUGGGUCAAAUUUUACACGAAUCAAAAAUUGACUGGUUGGAAAUGAACGAAACGGGUAGAAAGUUACUCUUUCGUGAUCAGAAAUUACGACUCUACAUGGUCGAUUUGGCCACUUCUACGAAGACGCUGUUACUCAGUUCUUGUCUGUUUGUCGAGUGGGUGGCCGGCAGUGACGUUAUUGUCGCUCAAAGUCCAUCAUUGCUUCACGUCUGGUAUCACGCCGAGAGCAGCGAUAAAGUGCAAACAAUCGACAUUCGUGGAGAAGUGCUGGAUAUCGUCAAAGAGCCAGGAGGGCGAACAACAGUACGCAUCCAGGAUGGAACUAUGAUCAACGAAGUCACUCUAGACGAUCAACUGAUUGAAUUUGGUACGGCCAUUGAAGAUGGAGAUUUAAUUCGCGCAUUGUCCUACCUGGAACGACUCGAUUCUCAUUCGCCCGGCUCUGCCAAGGGACUUUGGGCCACUCUGGCUCACAUCAGUCUCGAAGCCAAUGAAUUGCGGAUCGCGAGUCGCUGUUACGCCGCCCUCGGUGACAUAGCCAAAGUUCGUUUCCUUAUGGAAACUGUGCGGGCAUCCGAAGAAGUCGCCAAAACAAUCAAGGGAGACGGGUUCAGCUCACCGCUGGUGCAAGCUCGUAUGGCUAUUUUUCAACGAGAUUUAUCCGCAGCUGAACGGAUUUACAUCGAUCAAGGGAGUCCGGAUGACGCUGUGCGGAUGUACCGCCAGUUGCUCCAAUGGGAAGAUGCGCUUCGAGUUGCAGAAACGUACAAUCUCCCAGAUAGGCAUCAAAUCAGACAAGACUAUCUUCAAUGGCUCCAAACGACGUGUCAAGAAUCAGCAGCUGCUGAAGUGUACGAACGCGCAGGAGAUUAUGCAUCCGCCGUGACAAUGUGCCUCAAAGCCGGCUUACCUUCUAAAGCGGCCAAGUUGAUGUUGCAUAGAGACGAACUAUUAGCCGACGCUGAGGCUGUCCAUCAAGUUGUAACGGCUUUGCAACAAUGCAACAUGUACGUACAAGCGGGCGAAAUGUAUCAGGCGACGGCAAAGCUUGACAAGGCAUUCGAAUUGUAUCGUAAAGGCCAUGCUUACGCUAAAGCUAUCGAUUUGGCCCGGCAAACGUUUCCCGGAGAGGUAACAUUUUUAGAGGAAUUAUGGGGUGACUAUCUCAUGUCAACCCAUCGGCCAGAACAAGCCAUAUCCCAUUAUAUUGAAGCUGGCAAAAUGACCACUGCUCUUCGUGCGGCUAUUGAAGCUCAUCAGUGGGAAAAAGCGGCAGACAUUUUGGAAGUUGUCGGCGAAUCGAACGUCGAACCGGAGCAUUUCCAAAUGUUAGGCCGCUAUUAUGCCACUGUGCGCGCUUACGAGAAAGCAGAGAAGUUUUUCAUAAAAGGAAAGUUGCCGAUGGAAGUCGUUAAAAUGUACAUUUCCGUUGGUCACUGGAGUCGGGCUUAUGAAGCGGCAAAACAUUCUUUACCAGCGACGGAAAUCAAACGUCUUUUUAAUGACGAAGGUCAAGCAUUAGUGAAAGCGGGACGACUCCGCGAAGCGGAACAACUCUUUGUUGCUGCCCAGUUAAUUGAUUCGGCCGUUGAAAUGUACCGUUCCAGUAAGAGUUAUGAUCAGCUCAUCCGAGUUAUAACGAAUCACCUACCGGAUCAAUUAUCUCGCUAUCACUUGGAUAUCGCCCGUCUGCUCCAGGCGGAUGGCAACCGCAAAUCGGCCGAAAAACAUUUUAUCGCUGCCAAUGCUUGGGGAGAUGCUGUCACCAUGUAUCGAGACUGCGGCCUGUGGGAGGAUGCCUUCCGAGUUGUCCGAGCUAAGGGAAGCCCAAAAGAAGCUGCUGCACUUGCCCUGGAAUGGGCCCUGAGUGUCGGUCCAGAAGUUGGUGGCAAAUUGCUGCUACGUCAAGGAAUGGCUGAAGAAUGCAUCGCCUUGGCUUGUGAUCAAGAAAUGUUUGAAUUCGCCGUUGGAAUGGCUCAGAGUGUAGCGCCACAUAAGCUUAAAACAGUUCAGAGGCAAUUGGCCGUCCAUCUGCAAGCUGCUGAUCGUUGGAAGGAGGCGGAAGAAGCUUACAUCAAGGCGGGCGUGGCUCGCGAAGCGAUUGAAAUGCACUUGAGUCGAGGCGAUUGGUUAGCAGCCGAGCAGUUGGCCGAGCAACACGAUCCUGAAGCCCUUAACCAGAUCUUAAUUUCGCGAGCUCAAGCCUCAUUGGAUGCUGGCGAUUUCCAGCAAUUUGAGACGUUAAUUCUUCGUGCCCAGCAACCCCUUCUCUUAUUACAAGGCUACAAAGAGACGGGUCGCUGGCAAGAUGUUCUCCGUGUGGCCAAAGAAUAUCUACCCAAUCGACUGGCCGCUCUGCAGGACGAAUACGAUCAGUACGUCGCCAAGACACAGGGUGUCAACGCUGCAAGUUUAGUAGCACAGGCUCGUGAUUGGGAGCUCCAGGGAGAAUUCUCUCGUGCUGUCGAUUGCUACUUUAAGAUUACACUUGCAAUGGUGAAUGAACCAGCUAAACUGGUAGCCGUCUGGAACAAAGCGUCAGAGUUGGCUGUCAAGUUCCUCGACGAAGACAAGGCUGUUGUCCUCGUACGAAACGCUGCCCGUCAGUUAAAAGAAAUUGGACAAGCGGCUGCUGCCGCCCAACUUUAUCUGAGUGUUGACAGCGUCCGGGAUGCUGUGGACAUUUUGAUGGAAGCUCGUGACUGGACUAGAGCACGUAAAAUUGCGCAGGAACUAGAACCUGAUUAUUAUCCCCGUGUUGAAUCCGCCUACCGAGAAUGGCUACGUGCGGAAGGAAAGGCUGAUCAACUGGCUGAUGUAGAUUUGAGUGGCGCACUAGAAAUGCUUGCCGGCCAGGGACAGUGGGAUCAAGUUCUACAGAAAGCACAGAAACAUGGACCUGAGUUACUUAACAAGUACGUCGCCAUUUAUUCUACUGAGCUGAUCAAGCAACAACGCAGUUCGGACGCAUUAGAAUUGUUCGUCAAGUACGGCGCCCCGGCCAAACCUCAAAAUUUGAAUAUUUACCGCCAUCUUGCCAGUGAAAUUUUACUCGGGGAUAAAAAUGAUAUCAAAUCAUUGAUUGGUUUACGAAACAUUUUCCACCAACUAGUGAAAGAAGUAACAUCACCCACCAUUAACAUGGAAUUUGAGCGAUUUCUACGGCUGUUCCAUUACACGGUGAUUAGCAAUACUUGCCAGAAUGUCGGUGGACUAGAAGUGAUCGCCACCAAAGCUAGCGUUUCAUUACUGCGAUACGCUGACCUAUUUCCAGCUGAUAGAGCCUUCUAUGAAGCCGGAAUGAAAGCCAAGGCGGUAGGAUGGGAUAACAUGGCGUUUGUGCUCCUCAAUCGCUAUUUGGACAUUGCGGAUAUGAUUGAAGAUAAUAGCGAUAGCGCUGAUGCUACCCUGCUGGAUAACACAGAUUUCGAGCAAACGGAUAUCCCUUUUGAUAAACUAUGCAUACCGGUCAAGCCAUGCGUUAAUGGUACUCUUAAAGAGCAAGCAAAAGAAUGGGUUUUAGCUGUCUCUUUGGAUCAGCGCAUCGAACAGCAAUUACCGCUGGAUGAGCGCGGAGUUUAUGAAGCCUGCCUGCUUAACUGGAAAAAGUCAUCUGAUCCUCCUGCAACGCCAUGUGUUUUGACGGGCUACCCUGUGCUAAGACAGCCUGUCAAAUUCCCAGCUCAGGGGAAAGAAACGAAUCGAGAAGACUGGAAUCGCUUCUUGGUGGCAGUCAAACGCUGGCCAGACAAUCACCAACUUCAUGAAACGCUUGAUUUUAUAGAGAAGUGGUGCAAUGGGCUGCCGUCAGUGACUUCACAGUUUGCUUUCUGAUUGAGCAUGUCUUCUGUUUCUGCCAAGUGUUGGC